AUGACACAAAAGAAGAAGGAAUCAAUGAAGGACAAUUUGCGCUGGACUCCUGAGAUGGACGAAUGUUUUAUUGAUGCCUUGUUGGAAGAGACGAUGAAAGGGAAUCGUCCAGAUGGAACAUUUUCAACAUAUGCAUAUGAUAAUAUGGUGCAAACUCUUACAAACAACUUUGGUACUCACAUUACAAAGCAACAUUUGAAAAAUAGGAAGAAGACUUUAUCGCAACGAUUUGCAGAGCUUUAUGACUUAUUUCAUGGAUUGAGUGGGUUUUCAUGGAGUCCUAUCACAAAAUUGUUUGAAGCUGAUAAUCAAGUUUGGCAUGAUUUGAUUGAGAGAAAGCCAAAUGCAAGAAAGUGGAAGAAUGCACCUGUGCUACAUUAUGAUAAGUUAUAUGAAUUGUUCAGUGCGGACAGGGCAACAGGAAAAUACUCCAAAAGUGGUAAGGAAAGGGUUGCACAAUGGAACUCUAAUGUUGGGGGAACUAAUGUUGAAAGUGAAUGUAAUUUUCAAUAUGAGUCACCAAAUUCACAAGCUAACUUAGAUGAUAGCCCAUCAAAUGGGACAUCUGUGGGAACUGCAUCAGUUAGGGGGCAAAAGCGUAAGGCUUCAAUGAUUGAAUCCAUUGAAGAAAGGUGUGAAAAAAUGACUGCAGGAAUAAAAGAAUUGGUUGAUGUCAUGCGUGAUGGCAAUGUAGUUGCUGAGAGACAGGCUCAACUUGCAGAGAAGCAGGCUCAACUUGCUGAGAAGCAUGCGCAAGUUGCUGAGUGGCAAGCUCAAAUUGCUGAGAAACAAGCUCAAAUUGCUGAAAAGGGUCUUUCAAUACUUGAAAAGAGUAGGCCUCGUCAUUAUAGCGAGGGGGAAGUAUGGACUGCAAUUGAGGAAAUUGGAAUACCUGAAGAGCAGAAACUAGAAUGUUACUUCUUCUUGUGUAAUGAAGAAAGGCACAAGCUAAAUUGUUUUGGAGUUCCACCUCAUUUACGGUUGCAGACAUUGCUCAGGUUGAUGACUGAUGCUAGGAAUCAUUGA